AUGCAUUCUUCCUGCUCAUCGGUUACCUCUUGGAACUCAAACAUUCCAUCUGCUUUGAAUGGAUACAAAAUUCCCAAGAAGAAGAUCUCAUCGUCUCUUAGCCAUCAGAUCCCGUCCAGUUCAGACAAUGAUUUCAAUAAAAACGAGGCCAAAGAUAGUGAUAUGCUUCCCGGAUCGUCUCACAACAAUAAAUCCAGCGACAAAAAGAACAAUGAGACAUCUGCAACUUUUAUGAGUCAACAUAAUCAGGAAUUCAAGAAAACAGAAUUCGAAGUGCGCCUGAAUUCGAAAAUGUUCAGAACAAACCCACAUUCUUCCGUCAGCAAAUAUGGUUUCAAGUCGAAAUUGGAUGACGAGAGUUGCUCAAUUAUCAAAGUUCCCGAUUUCUCCAAGGGAUUUCGGAUCCCAAAGAAAUCACCAUCAACCUCCUCCAUCCACUCCCAAACAACCGGAUCAACACAAAUCAAGAGGGCAGUGAAAAGAACCGCGUCCAAUCCGGAAUCUUUCAGUAACCUGACUCUUGAUCCAGAGCAGAUCAAGUUGAUCAAAAGAGGUCAGGCUCCCGGUUAUCUGAUUGAAGCAUUCAAGGAUCCAGUUGGAGAGCUACGGUGGAAGAAGGAAGUAGCAGAGUACCGUCAAAGAAAAACGAAUCUCCCAAAAAUAACUGGAAAAGAGAAGACAAUGAUCAACUGGAGAAAAGAGAAAGGGGAUUGGCCACAAGGAAGUCGCGACAGGGAGGAAAUCUCCAAACAGUUGAGCAUCGAUUACGACAAGGUCGAUCGUCAAAUUCGGAACGAUCCGAGAAACAAAGUUUUGGUCAGAAGAUAUGGAAAAAGGCAACAAAGAGACAAAAUCACGGUUCAACAGAAAGAAGAGCUCAGCAGAAGCAUUGCGAGAGAAAAGCCGGACUUGAGUGGAUCCGUCAGCCGUGAGAUCUUCCGCCUCACAUCAGCGUGUCCAGAUAUUCGCCGUGAUCAGCUCACAACCUACUGUCGCAGCUACACAUGA